AUGUCCAGCCAGAAGGCAUUGUUAGAAAUUCCAGCAGCGGAAACCCUCGCCAUCACCACAUCCACCUCCAUCAAGGAGGGUGACCUCCCCGCCCUCCGCGCCGUACUCUCCCAGCACCCCGACCUGGCAACCGCCCUCAUCACCUCCCCCGGCCCAGAUGGUCAACUCGAGGGGCGCACCCUCCUGCAUAUCGCCACCGACUGGCCGGGCCACUUCCCGAACGUCGCCUCGACCAUACAGGUCCUAGCCUCCGCCGGCGCCGACGUCUCAGCGCCGUUCCGAGGCGGUGCGCACGAGGAAACACCGCUCCACUGGGCCGCCAGCACCGACGAUAUCGAGGCCCUGGACGCCCUCCUCGCCGGGGGAGCGUCUAUCGAGGCGUCCGGCUCCGUACUGGGCGGGGGCCCGCCGCUGGCGAACGCGGUGGGGUUCAGGCAGUGGCGCGCGGCGCGGCGGCUCGUCGAGCAUGGUGCGGCGAUGACGCUCGCGCAGGCGGCGGGUCUGGGCCUGACGGAGCGGGUCGAGGCCAUGUUGUCGUUGCGCGAGGGCGUCCCCCCUGCGGGCGAGGAGGCCGUCUCGAGGGCGUUUUGGUAUGCCUGCCAUGGCGGGCGGUUGGAUGCGGCCAGGAUAUUGGCUCGGCAUGGUGCGGAUGUCAACUGGCGGCCGCCGUGGGAUGGGGACACCAGGCCACUUGAUGCUGCGAGAGAGGAGGGUGGUGAGGAGCUUGUUGGGUGGCUGCAAGAGCAGGGUGCGGUGAUGGGCCGUGGUAAUGAUUGCACUCCGGAAGACGAGAAAGCGCCUGCGAGGUAG